AUGGUUGACGAGGCAAACCGGCCUCUGCUAGCUGGGCAGUCGGGCUCCGAGAGUGUAUCCGACGACCAGCCCAGGCCAUCGUAUCAAUUAUCCACAGAGUUAUCGAAUGUUUUAUACCACUCUGAAAAUAGUUCGACGGUCCAUACAACCGAGCAACGAAUAUCACAGUCUCAUUCAGGCGGGGCUACGACGGGGGAUGCAGCGAACCGGCCUCUGUUGGACGGGCAGUCCAGCCCUAUUGAACGGUCCCCGGAGAGAACAUCCGCCGACCAGCCUAGGCCAUCAUAUGAAUUAUCGUCAGAAUCAACACCUCUCUUACAUCGCCGUGAUGAUGAAUUGGCCUACGGGACUGAGCAAGGAUUGUUGCGAUCCCCCUCAGUCGCAUCACAGAAUCCGCCCGAGGACGGCGCCAUCGACAAGCGGAGCCGUGUACCAUGGCCGACGGUCAUUUCUCUCUCUAUUUUAACUCUCGGUGUUUUGACGAUACUGGUACUUGCCUUUGCUGCUCCGGCGGCAGUCAAAGAAUAUGCGCAGCACGCCGCUGUCUUCAAACCGACGGCAAUAUCAAUCGAUUCUACCACAGCCGAUGGCGUUCGAGGCCGGAUUCAGGGCGACUUCGUGAUGGACUCUGGUCGUGUUAAGAAUAAGUCUGUUCGAGGCAUUGGUCGAUUGGCGACAUGGAUUGCCAGGGAAGUUGAGACAGGCCCAUCAAAAGUUGAAGUUUAUCUCCCAGAAUAUGGGAACGUAGUCGUUGGAAACGCAGCAUUGCCUUCCAUCAAAGUGAACAUUCGUAACGGCCAUCAUACCAAUGUCGACUUCCUCGCUGAUCUAGAGGCUGGUGACAUUAGAGGGAUCCACGCGGUAGCUAUUGAUUGGAUUGAGGGAAGAUUGGGCCGUCUUAAUGUCAAGGGCAAGACGACCUUGAAUCUCAAGUCAGGCUUGUUUGCUUUAGGAACUCAAGUUCUGACAGACAACAUCAUCAUUGAAGAACAUGAUUUCCCUGCUCUACCAAUGAUCAAUAUCCUCAAGCUGAAUAUGCACGAUGCGAACAGUGGUGGCAUGGCAGUGGAUGUCUUACUGUCGUCUUUGAUUGAUUCUCCCGUCGCUCUCACUGUUCCUGCCCUCGGGUUUGACGUUCUGGUGCCCAACUGCUCCCCUGGAGAUCCUUAUAUUCUGGUCGCCGAUGCAAAGACAAGCGCGAUAGACGUUCACCCUGGCCAGGAAACUGCGGUGGGUGUUGAGGGUCUCAUCCAACAGCUACCUGAUGAAUUGGUCUCUACCUGCCCAGGACAAGAGGGUUCUCCUCUGGAUCUUUUGGUUUCGAGCUAUAUGCAAGGUCUUGAAACGACUAUAUACGUCCGUGGGUCUGAUGCACCAUCACUCAAUACCCCAGCAUGGAUCGUCGAUCUACUGCGCAGCGUGACUGUGCCUCUUCCAUUUACGGGGCAUGCGUUGGACAACCUCGUGAAGAACUUCACGAUGUCGGAUACACAUUUUUCCCUUCCUAACCCUUUCGCGGAGCCAGAUUCUCCAGACUCCCGACCCACGGUGUCUGCUCUUGUAAAGGUUCUUAUUGCUCUACCGGAGGAGAUGAAUUUCCAAGUAGAAGUUCCGCAAGUUCGUGCCCUUGCGGAUGUCUACUACAAGGAAGAGAAGUUUGGUGUGUUAAACAUCAGCCGCUGGCAAGACGCCAACUCCACAUUGGUGGAUGAUCAAGAUGGCUCCUCUGCACUCCUUGUGGAGUUCGCAAUCAAGGAUGCGCCCGAAACAGUCAUACUGCGGGUUGCUGCCACCGUAGACACAAAGGUCUCAACUGGGUUGGGCCGUUUCGCCUUGCGAGGGAUUCCUGCAGAAGGGAAUGUGCCUGUGAAGACUUCCAUCGGCAACUCGCUUGACCAAGUCAAUCCGCGCGUCGUCUCACUACGACUAGGAAACACGACUGAAUCUUCGAUGUUGGUGUCCACGCUGGCGAACUUUACUAAUCCAACGAAUUACUCGGUUACAGUUCCCUUCGUUGACCUUCUCAUACUCUACAAUGACACUGCUGUGGCCCACAUCACUGCUCAGAAUAUCUCUGUUGGGUCCGGCAACAACAGUUACGUGCCCAUCGACUUCUUCUGGUGCCCGUUGGACGCAGCUGGAGUAGAUGGCGUUGAGGCAGGACGGGCGUUGCUUUCAUCUUACGUAUCAGGUUUUAAUACAACAAUCACCAUCAAAAGCCAUCGGAACACGAUUCCAUCUCUACCAGACCUGGGCGAAGCAUUAUCAGUUCUCAACAUUACUGUUCCUGUCCCUCGCAUAUCUGUUCCGGGCAGCGAUGACAAGGACACAAAGCCCCAUUUUAUUCAAGGUGCAACGUUCUACCUCUGGACCUCCACAGCAGAAUUCACCCUCUCUUCACCCCUAACAGAAAACAAUAUCCUAAUCACUUCAAUUGACGCAACGGCUUUCUAUGAGGAAAAGGAGCCAAUCGGCCGAAUCGAUAACCAUGAACCCUUUGAAGUGCCGCCUGGUAUAUCCAAGAGCCCACGCUUGCCAGUCAAUCUUGACAUGGGCGGGGUUGGGUACGAUGCUCUGCGCAAGGCACUCGGCCAGUCAUUGGAGAUGGAUGCUGUCGCUAAGGUUGGAGUGAUGAUUGGGAACUACAUGGAUAUCAUUCUCUACCAUGGGAAGGGCAUUGCGGCUAAAGUGAGGAUUUAG